AGCUCCCAUUGCUGCCAGAAGGGUUGUUUGGAUUCUCCUUUUUAACUUCCUGGUAUUUAUCAGAGGAGCAGCAGGGAAGAUCUUCUGGAAUCCGCGCCUUUCCUUUGCCUGUCACCAGCUGAGCACUUUGCAAAAACUUCCCUGCUGGGGUUUUUCCAAGCAGCUGGCAAAGCUGAAAGACUCAGUGACUAAACGGCCUGGGGAGGAGGGGUUGACCGAGAGGGAAAGCGAAAGUGGAGAGGAAGCAGAGCCAGAGAAAAACAAAGCCGAACAAGAAGGCUUUUCAGGGGACCACUAACAUGAGCGGGGAGUCAGAGAGACGUCUGCAGCAGUUCUAUGCCAGCCACGUCUUCCUUUCUGGGGACAAGGACCAGACAGUGCAAGAGGCUUUCUCCACAGUGGAGACCUUGGUGGACUCGAUAGUGAAAUGGGCUUACCAGUCCAGUACCGGGUUGUACCCCCAAAGCCCCAUCUCGGUGGGCAGCUACAGGGAAGGACUUCAUCUCCAGCCAGAAGACGGGUCCACCAAUUUUGACUUCCUCAUCCCAGUAAGAUUUAACCCGAAGCUGGCCCUUGUAAGUGGGGAGCUCGCCAAACAGCCAAGCCACCUGGAACAGAGGCUUCCGACCUACAUGUUCCAUGACGAGGGGGUGCCCCUACACCGCUGGGGCACCAAAAUACUCGUGGAUCUGGAGGCUGUGGAAGAGGCGCACGUGAAAGUCUACUGUCAUAACCAAAAAGCGUGGCUGGAGGAUGACAACAUCGACUUGGACGAACUGGACGAGUACCAGGAGAGCCUCAAACACCACAACCUAGACCCCGUCCAAACCCUGACAAACUUCCACCGCUACGUUGAAAUUGCUUUGGAUCCAGCGUACUCACACCCUCUGCAAAAUGAUCCAGUUUUCCAACAAAGGCUCCGUCCCCCCAAAGUGCCCACCAUCGUCCCCUGGAUGAGACAGAAUGCCCAGCUAGAGGUCCUGAAUCCAGCCAGUCCAGCCAUCCAGCUGUACCUCCUCGCAGGGCUUGAGGCAGUGUCCGUGAAGCUGGUGCCUGCCAUCCAGGGGGCCAUCAAGCUCUCCAACCAGUGGCUGAGGGAAGACCUGACCCACCUCUCUGAUUGGUGGGGUGGGGACCUGACCAAUGAGAAGAGAAGCUUCCUCCGGAAAGUGGCUGUCCUGCAGGAAGUUGGGCCGGAGUUGGUAGCCAAGGGGGGAUUUUGGAGGCUCUCCUUCAGCCACCCUGAGACUGAACUUCUAAAGGAUGUGGAUGCUGACGGGGGACAGAGACGGGCAGCUCUGAGGCUUCUGAAGCUUGUCAACAAUACAAGAUGGAAGCCAGAAUACGGCAAACUCUUGUCUUCCUACCACCUCAAGACUCUCCUGCUGUGGUGCUGUGAAAUCUACUACCAGAAGGCACACUGGGAGACGCUGCUGUCCUCAGUGCAGAAUCUCUUGAAGGUCCUCAUUCACACCCUUGCCAAAAGCAACCUGCCUCACUACUUCCUGCGGCCCGUCAACCUCUUUGGCAAGCGCUACAAUUCCAACCCUGCCGUCUAUGGGCCCUUAGCUUUGCAGGCCCUACGUUACGAAGCUGAAGCAAUGUUGGCCGACGCUGUGGGAUACCUACUUCUGGACGGCCAGCCAGGGGUCCGCGGUGUCAGUGAAGAUGCUGAGAAGAUGGCAGCUCUCCAGGAGUUUAAAGAUAAGCAUCGGGAAGAUCUGAAGAAGCUUAAGAAGAUGGAGGAGGAACACAUGUACGAGGAGGUGGAAGUGGGUGAGGGAUGAGGGCUGUAGCCCCAAGCAAAAGCUUAGAAGUCCGAGCAACCGUGCUGAAGUUCAGAACUGGCCAUUCUGUCAUUAACUUUUCCAAGGUUUUGAGGACCACGCUGUUUUCUUUGAGAGGUUUCCGGCCCUCAUGGUUACAGAAGGAAAAAACCUGAACCCGUGCAAGUAAACACAGAAACAGAAACAAAGUGGCUUCCAGCACUCUUGCCACUGCCUCUAGGUGCAUUGAAAACGCAUCAAUUACACAAUAAAAGUUGCUUGUAAUCACA